AUGGAUCAUUGGAAACCCACGUGGUAUGACAAUCAGGAACAUCCUCAGGUCAAGCAGCACACGCAAUUUGGUCCCAUCAGUCAUGCCAGCCACCGGUAUUCGAGUCACCAUACCGCUCGGCUCUGGAGCGACCCAAUUGUUGAACAACCUCCAUAUUUCUAUAUCAUCACAACAUAUCUAAGUUACAUGGUUAUCCAUAUAAUCGGUACCAUCCGCGACAUUUUUGGCCGUUACUUUCGUGAGAAACACUAUCGUCAUCUACGGCCGUGGAAUGGAUACGCGCCGUGGUUUACCGCCGGAGAGAGUGUCUAUACACGACGAAUGAAAGUGAGACUAGCUGAUUGUCUUGAUCGUCCCACAACAGGUGUUCCUGGACGGUACAUCACUCUGAUUGACCGAGAAACAAGUGACCAUAAUCGAACCUUCCAUUUCACCGGCGCAACCACCCAGACACUAAACCUCAGCUCCUACAACUAUCUUGGUUUCGCUCAGUCCGAGGGCCCCUGCGCGGACAGGGCCGAAGAGGCGAUUCGCACGUAUGGCAUCAGCGCCAGUAGCACGCGGGCAGACGUGGGAAGCCUUGACCUCCAUGUCGAGGUUGAACGGCUGGUGGCCGAUUUCGUCCACAAGGAUGCGGCAAUGGUUUUCUCAGCUGGGUUCGGCACCAACGCGACCAUCCUCCCAGCAUUGGUGGGCCGAGGCUCCUUGAUCAUCUCGGAUGAGCUCAAUCACUCCUCGCUGCGAUUUGGUGCUCGCCUUUCUGGUGCAUCGAUCGUUACAUUUAAACACAACGAUAUGAAGGCCUUAGAGAGAAGGCUCCGACAGGCCAUCUCCCAAGGCCAGCCGACGUCUAUCGGCUACCGUCCGUGGGACAAGAUCUUGGUUGUUGUUGAAGGGAUGUAUUCCAUGGAGGGGACCUUUUGCAACCUUCCCGCCAUUAUUGAGUUGAAGCAUCGUUAUAAGUUUUACCUUUUCAUGGACGAAGCACAUUCUAUCGGGGCCAUCGGUCCCCAUGGUCGUGGAGUCUGUGACUACUUUGGCAUUGAUACGAAGGAAGUAGAUAUUAUGAUGGGCACCCUGACCAAAUCAUUCGGAGCUAUCGGAGGCUACAUUGCAGCGGAUCGGGGCAUCGUGAACAAGUUGCAAGCUGUGAAUGCAGGCGUGGUAUACGGUGAAGCAAUCGCCCCAGCAAUGUUAGCACAGAUAUCAGCUGCUCUUCGAAUUAUAACCGGAGAGUUGGUACCAGGUCAGGGGGAGGAGCGACUCCAGCGCUUAGCUUUCAAUGCCUAUUACCUUCGCUUAGGUUUGAAGAGGCUGGGGUUUAUAGUCUAUGGCCAUGACGAUUCCCCGGUAAUUCCAUUGAUUCUAUAUAACCCGGGGAAGAUGACCGCAUUCUCACGAAUGAUGCUGAAAUGUGGGAUCUCGGUUGUCGUCGUUCCGUAUCCUGCCGUUCCACUUGGGCAGUGUCGCGUUCGUUUCUGCGUGUCUGCUGCGCAUAAUCUAGAGGAUCUGAAUAGGGUCUUGACGGCCUGUAACGAGAUUGGCAAUAUUUUGACGCUCAAGCUCUCCCGUGGUCUUCCUACUCGGCUACGUCCUCAGGCCAAACCAACGGGUGGAAAAGCUGUGCCUUCUAUCUGGAGAUUAGAAGAAGUGAUUCGAUAUGGACCAGAAGAUGUCCAUCGUCUUCUAUAA